AUGGGCUGGCCAUAUGAGUUCCUCACUCUAACAGAUGAGGAAAAGCACCAGCGUCGCCUGAGCCUCGACUACUACGCACAUAUAGCACAUCUCUCUGCUUUCGUACCGGCGCUAUUAUUUCUCGUCAUUCGACUCAUCAAUCGUGUGCGCAAGGGCCGUAACAGCGGGUAUCAUCAAGUUCCAGGUUCACCAGGCGUCAAAGCGAAUCGACAACGAUGGAUCUCUAGAUUUAUAGAGAAAGGACCCAUUGUGCAGUGGUGGCUAGGCGAGGACAUAGUAUUCAUGGGCAGUCAUUGGGGACAACGUGAUGAAUGGGUUUUGGGUACUGCUUGGACAACAUGGCUGUUAGUCCUGAGCGUUCAUGGCACAGGCAAGGACUAUCUCCAUCUCACAAAGCGAGUGGGCAUCGUUGCAACAUCUCAGAUGCCUAUCCAGUAUCUCCUGGCUCUCAAAGCGCUCAACCCUUACGCAUACCUGCUUCACUCAUCUCACGAGCAUCUCAAUCGAUAUCAUCGUGUGCUUGGUCGCAUUAUCUACUCCCUGCUCAUACUCCAUGCUAUCUUAUACAACAUCUUCUUCAUAGAAUCUGGCAUAUGGUUCAAACGUUUCUUCGCCCCGGUUGUAUUUGCAGGUGUUGCUGGCUUCACCGUUCUCCAUGUCCUUAACGGUACAGCCAUGGCUCGCGUUCGUCAGGCUUCAUACCGACUCUUCUUCAUCGCUCACCUCUUUGGAGCCUUUGCUAUCCCCCCAUUAAUCUACUAUCAUGCACCGCCCUCACGGUUCUAUAUUGCCGAGGCCGUUGGUGUCUUCGUUCUUGACCUUGCUGCACGAAAGAUCACCACCAUCACAGCUCCCGCUACCAUCGAAGCUAUUCCUGGCACAAGUCUCGUCAAAGUCUCUGCCAAGCUUCCAGCUCCAAAGAUUGCCAAGUACGCCAGCCGCCCCGGAUCUCACAUCUAUCUCAACGUCCCUGCGGCUUCGCGACCAGGAAUUGGGCAAUUCUCAGCUCCUUAUCUCGUCUUCGAGUUUCUUUACAAUCCCUUCACGGUGGCAUUUACCAACCAGGAGACGUGUGAGUUGACAUUCGUCGCACGCACAAGAAAUGGCCCCAUGACGAACCGUCUGCACCAUCUAUCCUCAACUACCAACGCUGGAGGGUUGACUGAGAAGGUCGAACUUAAUAUUGAGGGUCCUUAUGGUACUAUUGGAAAGACGUUCAAUGACCUCAUCAAUUCAGGUAUGAACCGUAUACUCAUUGUGGCUGGUGGUGUGGGAGCAACAUUUGCUGUACCACUCUAUCACGCUGUUCUAGCUGAGAACUCAACCACGAAUGUCCAGCUCGUUUGGGCCAUUCGAAGUGCAGGCGACGCCACCUGGGCCGCCUCAACUCCCACUGGCAAGUCUCUUCUCGACGACGAUCAAGUGCAGCUCUUCCUCACAGGAGACAUGGGUGUUGCCAAUGACAGCGACAACGCAGCUGGUGUUGAAAUGAACAACUUAUCUCAACAGAGCACUCGUCCUGUCGUUCGAAACAGCAAAAGGCCUGAUCUACAAAAGAUCGUUAACGAUACGUUCCAAAAGGGUCAGCAGGAUAGUGUGGCUAUUCUGGUCUGCGGUCCUGCCGAGAUGAGCCGGGAGCUACGCAAGAGUGUGACGCCGUGGGUGAUGAAGGGACGCAAAGUCUGGUGGCACAAUGAAAGUUUUGGAUGGUAG